AUGAGCUCUGAUGAGGAGGGGGGCCCUGGGAGAAGCCCAUAUCCCAACGGCGGCGCGACGCCGCAUUUCGUGGUAUGGUCGGGUGAGUGGCCGUACGUGAAACAGGGUGUUUCACAGGUCCGCACUCGCGCAUCGCGAAUCGUGCGGAGGAUCCGAGAGGUUUUGGAUAUCGACGGCCGGAUUUCGGCGGGAAAGUCGUACACGGGCUCCGCCAACGCACUGGCGUCUUCGCAGAUGCAGAUUUGGAGUCGAACGAUGCGGGAGAAGAGCUGGGGGAUGCCCGCGAUCGGGGUCGUAUCGUUGAGUUUAUUUGUUACGUCGAAGAGUACGCGGUGGGGGACGUACGUGAUGUUUCGCAACGGCAUCGUCACGGCAACGAUCCUGACGCUGGCGAUCUUUCCACGAGAAAUCGUGGGGCUUUUAGGGAUUGCUCUGCCACCACCUCGCUAA